AUGAAAGAAGUUCAGCUUGCGAAGCACGUCGACGCAGCCCUGGAAUACUUGUGCAACGGUGACGGAAGGGUUUUGCUGCUCCACUACUCAAACACCGACGUUGCAGUGUCUUUCUUUGAAACCACGAUUCGCAGACUGGGCGGGUUGCUCGGCGCCUACCACUACGCAUUGCACCAAAUAUGAUGUCCGGGUGUGGAGAAAUGCAAUGUUGUUGUUUUCGGCCACGGCGCCGCCUGUGCAAAUAUUUGUCUUGCGUGAGUAAGUAGCAAAACGUGGCUAGUUGUUGUCGCGGACAUGAAAAAUAAGUUUGUAUAGUACGGAGGAAUUGUUGCAUUUGCUUUUGCAGCUUUCUGAAAGCGCAGCUGCAGAAGAACCUGUGCUUCUGUGCCACGCACUGCUGCAUACAUCGUGUGUUAUACGACGCCUGUAUCUGACGUCAACUCCAGACCCAGAUCGAUGUUUGCUGUGGAUAACUACAUUUGGCAGCUGCAGCGAGAACAGCAACUGGGGCAGUGGUACGGCAGGGCGGCAAACACUGGGAGCAACAGUUUCUAUGGCAGCAUAACUUCGAGUUCCAAAUCCAAAAGCAGUUUUGCUGUUGUCGAGAAACAAGAAAGAGAACAAAAUGAUGAACUUUUUGAUGUGCCCACGACUAGUGUGAAUGCGAAUCGAGGAAUAUACCGUCAGCGAGACUAUAGCGCCUGCUUUGAGGAUCUGAUCCGGGACACCACAGUGAAGUUGCAACCCGCUUUUGUCCAAUUUGCACCGCCAGGCGGUGGCGAGCGUCAACAUAAUGGCGGCACAUUUGGAGCCGUAUCGUAUUUCGUGCGCGGUGAAGUCAGUCUGGGGAUUCCAAACAACGGCACGCAGCAAAGCUCCGGAGGGCGGACCAACCUCGGCCUGGCGGAGGCGGGGUCGAAUAUUCUCGAGUUUCAGGACGCAGCGGCUGUGCUGCAAUCCUGGGAGCUUGCGGCCAAAGCCGAGCGCUUGAUGCAGGAUAUCAGCGAUAUGCAAUGCAAAUGACCCCGGGGCGGUUCGGAAACCUGUAGUGGUGGAGGGCAUUUCGCAACACACCUCCAAGCGCAUCGAAGCACGACACAUUUUUCAGCCCGUUUCUCAUGCGUAGAGCGCAUGGUGCUCAUUGUUGUACUUACAUUUUUUUUUAUUUUUUGGAAGAAAUAAACUUUUGGUCAUGCUAUGCAAAGCAGAUCUAUAUACAUCGCGCAUUCAGUUUUCCGGACGCUGGCGCAUUUGCUGCUGAUAAGUGCGGAAGUUCAGCAAUUUGUGCAUCGAUCCGGCCGCCGGAACGAGCUUCCCGGAAGGAUGCUGCACCCUACAAGCGAGAUUCGGCCCGGCCCGUUUUCUUCGACCAUCGGGGGUUUUCAGCCCACCGCACGAAAUGCGUCGUCCAUUCACACGACGCUCUUUCGCUUCAACGGGGAGCCGACCAUAUCUGCGGGCACGGACAGUUACUACGAGUACCUGCUGAAAGCGUGGCUGGUAGCAAACCCAGACGGUGGCGGCGCAAAUUAUGGCGUUCUCAAACGUUCCAUUCUCAAUUGCCACAUGAUUUGCCAUGCAAAACAACCAUGAGCCACCGCACCCGACGACCAAGCUGCUUCGCCUGACAAACUCUCGAUGGGCUAAGCAGCGUCUAAAUCUGUACCAAAUCUGUCAUGCAGCACGCGCAAGCCCCUCCCUUUCACUUUUGCCAUUCUUGCGUCACAAAUUCAUGCAGCAGUUGAGGGUGUAACAGUUCCAGUUGAGAACGCCAUACAGAUGUGGGUGGUGAAGGCGAGGAGACCACAUUCUCGUCCUCGGCGCGCAAAAAUGACUACCUGCAUAUCUGUAUCCUGUUUGAAAACGUUGCCCCACGCCCACUACAAUUCAGAAUGAGUUCUUACAUCAAUCAGAGAAGGGUGCAAGUAGUGAGUAGACAUCGUUCAAAGCUUUAUUCCGGCUCCCUCGGUACUAUGACAAGUUUAAGUUGCGACCCGAGAUAGAUAUGGUUCGAGAGUUCCAUCGAGGAGCCUCGUGAUAGCAGCACAGGGUCACAUGUAUGAUGAGAAGCACCAGCUACCUAGGCACACGCAAAUUGCAAGCAGUACCUUCAAGCCGCGUGCUGCUGCCGUCGGUGCUUCUGUUUUCAAUUUUCGACUAGGCGGGGGGGGGGGACGUUUUGCGUCAGAAUAAAAUGGGUGGAUUCCAUGCGGGCGAUGCGAAGCCAGUUGUUGAGGCCAAUCCCAGACUUGCUUUCCGAAACUGCAACCAGCGGUACGCAGAAGCAAACCUUUUACUACCUCGCCGACACGCCGGGCGCUAGCACUAUGCAGCACUUGGGCUGCUAUGUUCCCGGAAUGAUGGUUUUGGGACUGUACGGCACUGAGCCGCAAGUACAAAGACAUCCAUCGCAAAUUGCAGCACCAAGGCCAAUGGACGGAAAUAUCACCGAACCGUGGGAAGGAGCUAGGAGAGUUCCGUUUCUUGUGCGAGCCGGCUUUUUGGCCGACCUCGAAGAGUUCAAUCACUUUCUGCAUACUGCGAAGCACCUGAUGCGUACCUGCCUGGCCUUCCACGACGCAGACCAGCGAUUCCUGGCGCCGGAGGUGGUGCGCUUCGUCCAGGGUGGCCAGAAAGCAACUGGCGCUGGUGGUAAUGGCAUGCAGAUUGUGGACGGGAAAAACCAGUUGCGACCGGAAAUUCUGGAAAGCCUAUUUUACUUUUACUACUUCGACGUGGACAUCUAUCGAACGAAAACAAAAAACUCGCGGUUGACGAUUUGUGGUUUUCGACAUUGUAGUGGUGCGAAGCCGCGGAAAACCAAAAAUAAAAAUGAUGCAAUGAUAUGUACUCAUCUAUGCAUCAAUACCGAUCAUAUUCAUAUUGCUUGGAACCAGGAAUAAAAAAACCGUAGAGGAAAACUUGUUUACGCCGCGCUUAGCCAAACAUUUACAGAGCUAGUACGUAAUAUGACAGGCGAUCGCGCUGAUCGAAGCACGGUAAUUUUGUUUCCCACAUCCCAGAUUUGAUCUGAGCAUGUUAUUCAUUCCAUUUUCGAUAAACAGACAGAGACACAUGAACAUCUUCUGUGUACCAGUAUGUCCAUUUUCUAGAGCUUGGCGUGCAAGAGUGGAAAUUCAUUCAUCGAAGACCCGGUUUUUUUCUUGGAUUCCGUCACGACGGACGAGCCUAUGAUUUCAUUUCCUCAUUGGGAAGACCUUUCGCAGGCGGCUUCAGGUGCAAGAGCGUCUUCACCCCCUGCUCCAACAAACCUCUCUCGGUCCCGAACCUACUACCAAAACUAUGCUUGGAAAAUUUUUUCGGCGUUCAAGCAGUUUGCCAAGGCGGAGCACGGCUACGCGAGCUCAAAAGUCGAAGCGCCAUACACGAAGGAUGACAAGGAGGAGUCUUUUUGGCUGGCGGAAACCUUAAAGUACCUUUACUUGAUAUUCCAACCGCCGAUCUUUAUGACAGGCGAUAUCACGGAAAACGAAAAGGUAAACGCGUCGUCUGGAGCCGGCGGCCUGGGAAUGAUUGACUUGGGAAAAUUUGUUCUUAAUACCGAAGCACACCUACGGAAUGCAAACUCUGUUAUGCGGCUCCGCCAAUUAAAUUUGCUUUGCCCACCCAAAAUAAUCCCCCAAUCUCAACCAUGAAGAUAUGGUCACCGUCACUCCACUUCAGAUAGACCACGCAUCAAUCAAUUUGAAUAAAGCAAUACCUGCGAGUGCGAAUAUGUGGUAGCUUGGUGUCGUGGUGCUGGUCGGCGCUUUUAUUGCUCGGAUAUCUGAAGAUCCGGUGGUGAGAAAACACUGCGAUUUGUUGAGCAGCCAAUUAUCCUUAUUUAUGUAUACGAAGUGCAUCGGGACGACGACGAGAACCACGUCCACUCACUUCGCCUACGACUCAUCAUGAAAUACAAAAACAAGGAAAAAUUUAAUGGCGGGGACAAUAUUGCUUUUCAUAAAACCCAGUGCGGCGGGGUUGA